AAAUUGGAGAUGGCGCUGUGUACAGUGUGAGUGAGUUAGCAGGCAAAGUUUGGAGAGCACAGGAAAGUUAGCUGGAGGAGAGGCGAUCUGCGAUUCGCAUUGCACAUAUUUCCAACUUAAAUGAAAUUUGGACACUACUAUCCGGAGGACAAGAACAGAAAUAGAUUACAACAUUCCCUGUCAUAACUUGCGAAUUGUAUUCUUCUGGAAAACGCAGUUGUCUUGAUAAAUCCUAUCAGUGGUUGCUGCUACAUGGGUUCUAUUGGGAAUCACUUAGGACUGCUGUGGGACAUUUGUGCAGCUUUUAUUUGUAAAACGGCAUUAACUAUAUUUAAAAUGAAAUACCGACUGGGAAAACACCUUUGAUUUGAAUGAAAGAAUGAACGACCCCCGAGUUGAUAAAGAAUUUACACCGAUAUCCAGAAAACACCGACUCAUGGCUGCAGUUCUGCCUGGGGAAGAGAGCGUUUUGCCCGGUAACAGUUCCAGAUCCGACCGUAAUGGCAUUGGGAUAGUUUAUUGCUUCAUUUGUGGUGGGGGUGUUACGCCUGGAAAAGAACUGAAACUUCAAAUUAAUUACCAGAGAGAAAACGUUCCUUUUUUCCCGUUUUUGCAGCACCAGGAGCCAGCGCCGGGGGCUGAAGAAGUGACCCCAGAUGGAUGUGUCACAGUAUGCGCCGUUUGUCAGAGUUUUCUCGGGGAGCAGUGGAACUCCUUUGAAAGGACCAGGACCCCUAUAGAAAAGAGAAUGUACUGGCUGAAAAGACCCUAUCAGUGUGACUCAAGAAGGAUUCCCCAAGAAUGGAACAUCUCUUACGACCUGGAAAGAAGGAUGAGCGUGAGUAGCCAAAAUUGUGACGCACAUGAUUCUGACUUUUCAUCCCUUUCUGAUAACGAGAAUAUGUCCGAGCAAGAGCUUGAUUUUGUUGACAGACCAGUGGCGCAUAAAGAAAAGUCCACCAAAAUCCCCACUAGCAACAAAACUUCUAAAGAAAGACUUGCAAAAUAUAACGACAUAAAAAGCUGCCAUGAUUCUCCGAUGGGAACCCGGUACCUUGUUGGUGGUUACGCCGCCCAGGACGCACAGAAAUCGGAUAGUGCUCUUCAGCCGGGCCGCUCUGUGCAAAGUAUGAAUCACGCAGCUCAAUCGUCUGUAUCGCUGGCUCAGUUUCAGGAGUUCCUUCCACAGCGGUCCUAUGCCGAGAAACCUGUGCAAGACAACGGAAUCAUUAUACGCAACAAGCAGCGGCUACCAGAGGAGAAUGCCAAGCAUCCAGACUCUCGCCAGCAUGCUGUCGAUAGCAGCUGUAGUACUCGGGAUCCCCUCGUUCUGUUGCAAAGUCAUAAAGCAGCAGAUGUUGCAGAUGCAGCCCCAUCGUUAUCACCUGUAAGCGCCUUGAACAUUUCAGACCGCGGCGCUGUUGACAACCUGUUAAAGUUCAGUGACAGCAGCCACAGUAAUCAUGGCGGCGGCUAUUCUGACUCAGACAAUGAAAUAAACAUAACCAGCGAUGACGACCAAGAAAAAGUGUUUGAUAUUACAAGCAGCAGGGAGCAUGUCAUAGCGCUCAACAGACAGAUAAGGGAGACUGGCAGUGUAAUAGCAAAGUCCCUGAGUAACAGCACUGCAGAGGAGUGUGCCUGCUAUAUCUGUGGAAGUAAACUAUCCCAAAAUAACCAGCAUAAAGUGUAUGUGCAGAAACAGGAGAGACUCUCAAACCAGCCCUUUUUCCCCUUUCUGUGGCUCCACAGCCCGCCUCCAGGGGCCUUGCCUCUCAGCCCAGGUGGGCGCACCCUGGUAUGUUCUUGCUGCCAUUCCUCCCUCAUGCAGCAGUGGCAGGGCUUUGAGUUGGCAAAUGUGCCAGUUCUGCAGCGCCUAUAUGUGGUCCCCUUGAACGCUGGCACUUCAGUUUUGGCACCCAGAGACAGCGAGAACCACAAGCUGGAGAAAGCCGCGGCUCGUGAAGCUUGUUACCUGUGUGGCGAAGACUACUGCAGAGAUCUUAUAGUGACCUGUUCCAAGGUUUUCAAUGGCAACCCAAGGAGUACCAUGCACUUUCCCUUCAUAAAUCUACUGCCACGCCCUCCCAAUGCCAGAGCUGUUAAGAACGGGAAGGUACACUGCUGUCAGACAUGCUUUAGCAUUUUAGAGGAUAUAUGGGUAGCCUACAAAGCAUGUCUAAGUGAGGAGCUUAUCACCUCGGUUAAUGGCUUUUUGAGUCGGUACCACCAGGCUGUCACAGGGGCAGCAACCCACUCAAGCAGCCUGAGCCACCAGUCUUCCAGAAUGGGCCACACCUCGGUUUGUUACCUGUGCGGGGUAGAGCUACCAGCAGGAAGGGAGUUUCAGCUCAGUGUGAACCCACCAGGCCGGUGUGGAGAGAGGGAGCCUUUCUUUCCCUUUUUGACUGUCCAUCUUCCCGCACCCAUGUCCAAGCCUGCUGACUCCACUGGCCUGGUGUCCACCUGUGUGCUGUGUUACCAUGACCUGUUAGGCCAAUGGGUUCAACAUGAAGGCCGAGGCAGCCAGCCAACCAGCAGCCCAUGGUCCAGGCAGUACAGCGUGGACACUUUUGUGUGCUUCUUCUGCAGACAGGAGAAGAAAAGAUGCCUGGGUUUAAAAACGGUGCAAGUGGCUCGGCUGCCUGUCUUUCUGUACGCCCCUCGGGUGAGCAACACUCUGGUGGUGGAUGAUGGGAAAACAUUGACCAUUGGAUCUUGUGUGGAUUGUAAAGCUGUGGUAUUGGCUGGCCAAAACAUGAAGCAAAACUGCUUAUUGGACAGCGUCUCUCCUCAUGGGAGACAGAAGCCUUCCUUCUCUGCCCUUGAGGUGGCAUCGGUGAGCAGGAAGCUCCCUGAGGCGGGUGUGUUGAACCCAGUGGGAGAAACCAGUGAAGGCGUGAGGCCUGGGAGGUCAGGGGUCAACGUAGAUGCUACCCCUCCCAUCACUUUGGACGCAGAGAACGCCGAUCACCAGUGUACAAGCAUGAGCCAUGAGCCAAAGUCACCUUCAUUAGGAAUGAUCUCAACCGCGACUCGGACCACCGCCACAGUGAGCCCCCUGACCCCGUCCCCUCUCAGUGGCUCCAUUGUGCCCAAUGGCAGCCCUGCCGCCAACAGCGCUCUGUCCAUCCAGUCGGCGCAUUCCUCCAGCUUCGCUGCUGCGCUCCGCAAACUCGCCAAACAAGCCGAAGAGCCAAGAGGGUCGUCGAUUAGCAGUGAGUCUUCCCCGGUCUCGUCUCCGGCCACCAAUCACAGCUCGCCAGCCAGCACGCCCAAGCGGGGACCCAUGGGUCCCAUCAUCGUUCCCCAGGGGUGCCACAGCGUGCCAAGCACCCCUCCCGUGGUCACCAUCGCGCCCACCAAAACAGUCAACGGGCUCUGGAGGAGUGAAGGCCGACAGGCGGAGUCAGGGUCCCGGGGAAGCAGCCGGGAUCGUCUAGGCCCAGAGCAUGCCCAGCAGCAGGAGAAAGGGGGCCCCUCAGUUCCAGCCCACCUCAUCGGGAACCCGUACGCCUUCGGACUGAACCCCAACUCUGUCGUUCAGGACACACGCUUCCAGCCUCUCAAUAGCCUCCCUCGGCAGGUGCAUCAUGUGGUCCCCCCUGCUAGCGUUCCCGAGGAUUACCUCCGCGGAUUCAGACCCUACCCCACACCUGAGGACCUCAGGAUGUCAUCGAUGCCACCCCUGGGCUUGGAUCCUGCCACUGCUGCUGCCUACUACCACCCCAGCUAUCUCGCCCACCCACCCUUCUCUGCAUAUAGGAUGGACGACUCAUUCUGCCUGUCAGCCCUGAGGUCUCCCUUCUACCCAAUGCCGGCGCCAAGCUCCAUGCCCCCCAUGCACCCCUCAGCGGUCCACAUGCACCUGCCUGGAGUGAGAUACCCUGGAGAACUGUCCCACUCCUCCCUGUCUGCACUGCAGUCCGAGCGCAUCUCUGAGAGGCUCCAGAUGGAGGAUGAGCUGCGGCAGCGUGAGAGGGAGCGUGAGAGAGAACGGGAGAGGGAGCGGGAGAAGGAGAGAGAGCGAGAGGUGGAGCGGGAGAAGGAGAGAGAGCGAGAGCGUGAGAGGGAGAGAGAGAAGGAGCUGGAGAGAGAGCGGGAGAAGGAGAGGGAGAGAGAGAGGGAGCGUGAGAGGGAGAAGGAGCGGGCACGGGAGAAGGAGCUGCAGGCCUCCAAAGCCCUUGAGAACCACUACCUGGCUGAGCUGCACUCCCUUCGGGGCCAGCCAGCCGAGGACCGAGCCAAACCAGCGGAAAGACUGACGCCAAACCGGCCCGAUAAAGCCAAGGAACAUGCACUGCCUGCACCCAAGCCAGUGCAGCCAGGUCUCCACCCGGCACCCGUCCCUUCGUCCCACCUCUCCGUGCCCAGCCUCAUCUCCAGCCACAGUGGCUUUCUGCCACACGCCGGGGUACCAGGACUGGUAAGUGCUCCCGCGGGAGCCCUGGCAACGGCCUUGCUCCUGCAACGCACCAACGAGGAGGAGAAGUGGCUGGCCAGGCAGAGGAAGAUGCGGCAGGAGAAGGAGGACCGCCAGUUCCAGGUGUCCGAGUUCCGCCAGCAGGUCCUGGAGCAGCACCUAGACAUCGGGAGACCACCCGAGGGGGACCCGUGGAGCGACGGCCACCGACCUGUCCAUGAAUCAAUGAUGCGGGAACACCUUCACCAUCUGGGGGCCCCACCGCCUCUCAUCUCCCCCAAACCCCAGCACCCCCCUCCCUCCACCACGCUGUGGAAUCCUGCCUCCUUCGUCGACAGCAACCCUGAGCCCCGUCGGGCCCACGAGCCCCUGCACCCUGGUCACUAUGAGCAUGCCCGGCAGGCCCUGUCCCUGGUGAAGGGGGAGAGGCUCUACAGCUCUGAGAAGCUAGACGAGAGCGCCAAGAGGAAGGAGAUGGCGGAGAAGUACCAGCCUGUCCGGGGGCCAGGUGCCCAUGAGCAGGGGGGGCAUUCCUAUGGCACCUUCUUAGCAGAGCUGGAGAAAUCCACACAGACCAUCCUGAACCAGCAGAGGGCGUCCCUGUCGCUGCCCAGCCAGUACAACGAGCUUAGUGCCUCACGUAAGGCCAGCUCCUCUCCUUACAGGAACCACCAGGGGGCGCCACGAGGCCCUGACCCCAUGCUGGUCUACGAUGAGUUCCUGCAGCAGCAACGCAGGCUGGUCAGCAAGCUAGACCUGGAGGAAAAGAGGAGGAGAGAGGCCAGGGAGAAAGGCUAUUACUACGACUUGGAUGACUCCUAUGAUGAAAGCGAUGAGGAGGAGGUGCGAGCUCACCUUCAACGAGUCGCCGAGCAGCCGCCACUCAAGCUCGACGAAUCCUCUGAGAAGACUGGCUUCUUGCAGGUGUUUGGUCUGACGACUCGCUCGCACAAGGAGGAGCUGCUGGAGCAGAAGAGGCGGAAGAGGAGGAGGAUGCUGAGGGAACGAAGCCCCUCCCCCCCGGCCGUUCAGAACAAGCGGCAGACCCCUCCUCCUCCUCCUCUCAGCACGCGCUACACCGCCGACCAGAUGAACUGCAGCGCGGAGCUCGAGGAGAAGAAGAGAUUCCUCACCAUGUUCAGCCUGUCGCACAUUAACACCCACCAGAGAAAAGACAAUGAAAAAGUGGUGGAGCUGCUGCAAGCAAUAAAACAGAAGAGUGUGACUCUGGAUUCUAUCAAGCACUCCCCUCGCCCCCUCUGUAAGAGCCCUGCAGCUCCUCCCACUGUGGACCAGACGACAUUUCACCCGCUCUCAGACUCGGAGAUGCCGCCCAGCGCCAGACCAAGCACUCCCUCCCUUCCCGACGCCCAGAAAGCCAUGGACACUAGCAAGCAAGAGCAGCUCCGACCGUCCGAAGUUCCCAGACCAAAGGAAGUGGCAGCAGCAGUACCUACCUUCCCUGGUGGAGAUAAGGCCAGGCUGGGCGAGGGCCACUCUGUGAAGAAGAACACCAGCCUCCUGAACAGCAUCCGGGCCCAGAAUGCACCCAAGGAGGCUUCCCAGAGCCAGAACGGCAGGAUUAAGCCCUGGGAGAGCUUCACAGCAGAAGAGUUUGCCCACCAGUUCCACGAGUCAGUGCUGCAGUCCACACAAAAGGCCCUGCAGAAACAUAAAGGAUCUGCAGCAGGUCAGAUAUCCGAGCCAAAUCACAAGCUGGACUCUUUGGUCCAUUACAACAUUCCUGAGCUGCAGUCUUCUGUCAGGGCACCCCAUCCGCAGCACAACGGACAGCACAACACCAUUGCGGCACGGAAAGAGUUAACUGUGGUGCAGGAGGAAGAGUCCGAGGAGGAAGAGGAGACCGAAGAGGAGGAGGAGGAGGAGGAGGGCGAAGAAGCUCCUCGACCAAAAUGGCAGGGAAUCGAAGCCAUCUUCGAGGCUUACCAGGAAUACAUUGAUGAGCACAGUAUCGAGCGGCAGGUGCUGCAGAGCCAGUGCAGGAGGCUGGAGGCUCAUCACUACAAUCUCAGUCUAACUGCAGAGCAGCUCUCGCACAGCAUGGGGGAGCUUAUGUCCCAGAAACAAAAGCUGGCCUCUGAAAGGGAGAAGCUUCAGGCUGAACUGGACCACUUACGAAAGUGCCUCGCACAACCACAGAUGCACUGGUCAAGGGGAUACUUCAAGGGGUACCCGCCCAGGUGACAUCCCUCCUACCCCGGGACCCCACAGUAGCAAAAGAGAGUCUAUUUUAUUACCUGGAUUAUUUAAAAAAGAACAUUUCCACAGAGAAGGACUGAAGCUAAAAACAACCCGUGAAUGUGCCAUGCAUGAGAAAGACACUCCACAACCAUGUAUUAACCGGCAGAUCUGAACACACCUUUAGUAACAGGAAAUACUACAGUUAAAAAAAUAAAAUAAAAUCGAAUCUCUCUGUGAAACCACCUUCUCAAAAUGCUUGCAUCCAAAUGUAUCAACGCUCACCCUGUGUCACGUGACUUUGAGCCAGCACGCUAUUGGAUACAAGUACGUCCUCCUUUUUUAGGUUGCCAUAGUAUCCCAGUAGAAAGAGACCUAGAUGGAUUUGGUUCUAGAGGAUUCAAACUUGGAACAAUGCAACAAAGUAAAGGAAAUGGAUCUACUUGCAAACACGUCACGAUAACCACCCCUAUCUUCUCUCUGGUAAAUUAAUAUAAUACUAGAAUACUUGAGACUUUCAUCUUCUCCAAAUGGGCUUUCCACUGGAAAUGCACUUAAGAAGCAACUGAAGAAUAACCUUGAUUUACUGUGUUACAAGCAACACCCUUUUCAGUUUCAGAAGGAAUAAAUGCGCAUUUUGGAAGGAUUAAAAAAAAAUAAAAAUAAAGAAAUUGUCAAGACAGGCAAUGUUUUAUUACAAAAUAGAAAUGUUGGAAUUAAAAGAAAAAAAGAGGUGCUUCAACCUUGUAAUGUACAUAAUAUUAAAAUAAUUUUGUAUGUUUUUAUUACUUUAAUUAUUGAUAUUAAAAAAAAAAAAAAAAAAUUAAAAAAAAAAAAGCCUGCCAUUUUUAAAUAUGUUAGCUUUUUGGCAACACAAAAAAAAAUGCUUUUAGUGUUUGUACUGCUGCUGGUCAGGAUAAAAAAUUGUGAAGUGUUUCAAAAAGAAAACAAUCUUUUUUUUCUGGU